GACAAGUUUCCCUCGUCGAGAGAGAAAGAGGCCGGGCGGACUUCCUCCUCGUCUCUUCCAUCCCCUCCUCGUCCUCACGUCCCCCGGUCGUCAUCUUCGCCCCCCACUAGAAGCAGCAAGCUGGCGGCCCCCCAAGUGGAAGCCGAGGACAAGGAGCUAGGCCCUAUGGCCUGGGUGCUCAAGAUCGACGACGCCACCAUCGAGUCGGGGCUGGUGCACGAUUUCGACGCCAGCCUCUCGGGCAUCGGCCAGGAGCUGGGGGCGGCAGCCUACAGCAUGAGUGAUGUGCUGGCCCUGCCCAUCUUCAAGCAGGAGGACUCCAGCCUCCCCCUGGAGAGCGAGAGCAAGAACCCCCCAUUCCAGUAUGUGCUGUGCGCCGCCACCUCGCCCGCCGUCAAGCUGCAUGACGAGACGCUCACGUACCUCAACCAAGGUCAGUCUUACGAGGUGCGCAUGUUGGACAACAGGAAGCCCGGCGAGAUCCCAGAACUCACCAACAAGAUGGUGAAAAGCACAGUGCGUGUCGUGUUCCACGACCGGCGGCUUCAGUACACGGAACACCAGCAGCUGGAGGGAUGGAAGUGGAAUCGGCCCGGCGACCGUUUAUUGGAUAUCGAUAUUCCCAUGUCAGUGGGCAUCGUGGAGCCCAAGACGCACCCCUCCCAGCUCAAUGCCGCGGAGUUCCUGUGGGACUUGAACAAGAGAGCGUCCGUCUUCGUCCAGGUUCACUGCAUCAGCACCGAGUUCACGCCGCGCAAACACGGUGGCGAGAAGGGCGUCCCCUUCAGGAUCCAGAUCGACACGUUUGCGCCGGGGGACGCCGGCGACUACGCAGAGCACUUGCACUCCGCCUCCUGCCAAAUCAAAGUCUUUAAGCCAAAAGGUGCGGAUCGUAAGCAGAAGACGGAUCGCGAGAAGAUGGAGAAACGUAGCGCUCAGGAGAAGGAGAAGUACCAGCCUUCUUACGAUACCACUAUCCUGUCCGAGACGAGACUGGAGCCCAUCAUCGAGGAAGCAGGCGACCACGAGCUGAAGAAAUCCAGCAAGCGGACGCUCCCGGCUGACUGCGGCGACUCUUUGGCCAAGAGAGGCAGCUGUUCCCCGUGGCCGGACAGCGCCUACGUGGCCCCCAACCAGGCAGCUACUCCCUCCUUCACGUCCACGCCUCUCUCCACCUACACCACCUCCAGUGUGCGUUGACGUUCUGUGGCGUCUCCCCUGCAGCAGUUGAGUCCCACCGCGUCCAUUCAGGACACACAAAAAUGGCUGCUGAAAAACCGAUUCAACUCCUACACGCGAGUCUUCACUCACUUCUCAGGUUCUGAUUUGUUAAAGCUAACCCGGGAUGACCUGGUCCAGAUUUGCGGUCCUGCGGACGGAAUCCGACUCUUCAAUGCACUCAAAUCAAAGUCCGUGCGUCCCCGCUUGACUGUGUACGUGUGUCAGGAAUCCCCUCAGCACAGCCCCCUGCUGGAGAGACACACCCCCAGCGAAAAUGGCGAACAGGUCGUCUCACCCAGUUUACAUGUGUACCAUGCUUUGUACCUGGAAGAGCUGACGGCAGCCGAGCUGAUCCGCAAGAUGGCCAGCGUGUGCGGGCUCCCGCUGGGGACCAUUAACCAGGUGUACAGACAAGGACCCACCGGCAUCCACAUUCUGCUCAGCGACCAGAUGGUGUACAACUUGACGGACGAGAGCUGCUUUGUCAUCAACACCGUCAAAGACGAGCAGGGCGAAGGACUCCACCUCAUCCUGAAGUAAAGCCAGGACCACCAUCAGCCAUUCUCCCCCCCAACCCUACCCGAACGUCUGACUCUGCCUGUGCGUUCCUUCUCACCCACCCACCUCACCCCUCCGCUCUCGAUCGAAUGGACGGCCAAGAGAAGAGGCGUGUAAAAAUGUUAGCAUCUGACAUGCGGGGGAUGUGUCCACUGUUUCAUAUUGAAAACACAGGAAGAGUUGUCUUGGGCUGGCUGGAGAGCUUUUUUUUUUUUGUUGUUGUUGUUGUUUCUUUCCUUUGCUUUGCUUAGUUUUUAUGUAUUUUACGCAGGCCAGUAUCGGAUGCUGUUUUGCUCAUCAACUUGAUUGAGAAGCGCAAGAGAAGGGGGGAGGGUGUUGUCUUAAUGUUAUCGACCAGCUCUGUGCUCAGCAAACUAAAUACGUGGAUAUACGUCGUCAUUUUUCCUUUUGGGUGUUGUCUCGAUCUCUCUCUCUCUCUCUCUCUCUCUUUCUUUCUCUCUGUUACUCGCCGCUUUGUGUUCCGGAAACAUUCUUGUGUUAGACCAGCUCAAUCCCAGAAAAAGGACCAAAAAUACUUUUUGAGAGAGUCAGCACUUUUUUUGUUUGUUUUUGUGCGCGAGCAGCUCAUCAGCGUCAUCCUACAGACAUCAUGGCAGCUCCAUGUCCAUCCUCUGAAUUUUUUUUUUUUUUUUUUGUCUUUAGUUGGGCAACAAAGCGAGCGAGUGCAAGGUAAUUAGCCUCAAAAAUAUAUCUAAAAUGUUUGGGCCACACUGACAAGAAAACACUACUAAUACCUUGAGAAUGAAGUCGGGAAUGUUUAAUCAGUUUUUGAAAAUCAGGGAGAUAAAACUUUUUCAUCAUGAUUCAAAGUCAUUUUUGGAGAAAUUGUUUUAUUUCUUUGAGAAGAAAAUGUCUGCUAAUUCUUUUUUAGGAAAAAGCGGGGGUGCUGUUUUAUUUUCAGGAAUGUCACUAUUUUAAUUCUCCCUAUUC